CGCGCGCACCGACUCCCGGCGAUCGGCUUUAUAAAUAAGCGUCGGCGAGAGCGGCUCCCGGCGCUCGCUUCUCGCAGGUGCUCUUAAAAAUCGUGCGACGACGGCCCCCCGGGCGCAGCCACGACCUCCGGGAGUCGACUGUCGCCUGGCCGCCGCCGUCGCCGUCGCAGCCGCCCGUGGUCCGCCCGCGAUAUACGACAACGGAUCGGCGAUGCCCGAGGAGAUGGAACCCGUGGACUGGCCGCCGAUCCGGAGGAUCCAGAGUGAUGCCACAACAACUUUUCUUCGGGCUGCUCGGUCCGGUAAUUUGGAAAAGGUGAUCGAGUACCUGGACGAUGAUCUCGAUAUUAAUACAGCCAACUCGAAUGGCUUAAAUGCAUUGCAUUUGGCAUCGAAAGAUGGCCACAUUGAAAUUGUGACAGAACUAUUGAAAAGGGGCGCAAAGGUCGAUGCUGCGACGAAAAAAGGGAACACUGCAUUACACAUAGCAUCAUUAGCUGGUCAGUCGGAAAUCGUUAAUAUUCUUAUUCAAAAUAAUGCUGCUGUUAAUAUUCAAUCCCAAAAUGGAUUUACACCACUUUAUAUGGCCGCGCAGGAAAAUCACGAUCAAGUCGUUAAGAUUUUACUCACUAACGGGGCGAAUCAAAGUCUCGCAACAGAGGAUGGUUUCACCCCAUUGGCAGUGGCUAUGCAACAAGGACACGAUAAAGUAGUUAGUGUACUUUUGGAAAACGACUUGAAGGGAAAAACAAGACUGCCAGCGCUGCAUAUCGCUGCGAAAAAAGACGACUGCAAGGCUGCUGAUUUACUUUUACAGAACGACCACAAGCCAGACGUGACGUCAAAGAGCGGCUUUACGCCACUUCACAUCGCCGCUCACUAUGGCAACGAAGAUAUCGCUCGACUACUUUUGAAACGAGGAGCGGAUGUUAAUUAUUUAGCCAGGUUCAAUAUAAGCCCGCUGCACGUGGCUGCGAAAUGGGGAAAGGACAACAUGGUGAAGGUCCUGCUGGAGCACGGCGCGGCCAUCGACGUGAAGUCGAGGGACGGCCUGACGCCGCUCCACUGCGCCGCUCGUUCCGGGCACGAGCAGUGCGUCGCGACGCUCCUCGAGAGUUCCGCGCCCAUCAGUGCACGAUCGAAGAGCGGAUUGGCGCCGCUGCACAUGGCUUCCCAGGGCGACCACGUGGACGUCGUUCGCGCCCUUCUCUAUCACCGAGCACCCGUCGACGAGGUCACCAUCGACUACCUGACUCCGCUCCACGUGGCUGCGCAUUGCGGCCACGUGCGUGUCGCCAAGCUUCUGCUGGAUCGCAAAGCGGACGUUAAUGCCCGAGCCUUGAAUGGCUUCACGCCGCUGCACAUAGCCUGCAAAAAGAAUCGCUUCAAGGUCGUGGAGCUGCUGGUUAAGUACGGGGCAUCGAUCGAGUCGACCACCGAGUCCGGAUUGACGCCGCUGCACGUGGCCAGUUUCAUGGGCGGCAUGAACAUAGUGAUAUUCUUGCUGCAAAAUGAGAUGAACCCGGACGUGCCAACGGUCCGAGGCGAGACGCCCCUCCAUCUCGCCGCGAGGGCCAACCAGACGGACAUCAUUCGCAUAUUGUUGAGAAAUGGGGCGAAGGUCGAUGCUCCCGCGAGGGAGCUGCAGACGCCCCUGCACAUUGCGUCGCGUCUCGGUAACGUCGACAUCGUGAUGCUGCUGUUGCAGCACGGCGCGGCCGUCGACACCGUGACCAAGGACAUGUACACGGCCCUGCACAUGGCCGCGAAGGAGGGCCAGGACGAGGUAAUGACGGACGAGGAGCGCGACGAGCUCGCCAGAAUCGUCGACAGCGUCAAUCUCUGUAACUUUAGAUUCCUCUUCUGGAGCCGGCGUCGCGAGUUUAUGAUCUGACUAGUCCCGUUAAUGUUGCUCGUGACGAUGCCAAGGGGAUGUGAAAGUCCGGCCUUGCCAACCAAGCCCAGCUUUUCAUCUCGCCGAUCGCGCGCGUACCCGCGCUUCCGGUGAUAUUUAGUGGAGAGUAGCUGGGACGCGCGCCUCUAUGCCCAUGCCCAUGCCCAUUAUUGAAAUAAUCCCAUAGCCAAGUGGGCAUAAUAAAGGGUGGCAGCGAAUUUCGUCUGCGGUGCCGUCGAAGCAAUUGCUUUUGUUUUUCUCUUUGUUUUUUCAGUUUUUUUUUCUUCCUCUAAUUAUU